UCGCGAACGUAGAAUUUUAAUUGCAGAGUUUGCAGCAAAGGUUGCCGCUACCGCCACCCGCAACUUCGUGCGCUGGCGCCACACGGCCCACAGUAGUCUGAGUAGAGCUUCCUCUUUGGACUUUGCUGGAUUUCAGGUUGGGGCUGAAGGUUCCUUCUUGAGGUAAGCUCAAGGGAUCCGCUUCCAGGUGAUCCCAAUCUGCUAGUGAUGGCGGUGCCAGAUUACAAGAAGCUGAAGGUUCAGGAGUUGAAGGAUGAGCUGGCAAAAAGGGGUCUGGCUGUUGAUGGGUUGAAAGCUAUGCUGGUUGAGCGAUUGGAGGCUGCGGAUAAAGAGUCUGAGAGUGACAAGGUGGCACAGGGAGGGAGUGCCGAAGCGCCUCCUUCUAAGCAGAGCUCUGAUCCUAUGCCGGCGACCACUAAUCAGGCUGCAUCAGAAGGGGGGCAGGCAGAGGGUUUGUCAUUGGAAACACCGGCAGCAAAGGCUGCAGCUCCGGGGCCCGCGGCUACAGCGCCCUCGGCAAUUGACAAGAAGAAGCAACGUGCAGAGCGGUUUGGUGUGCCCGUGGCUCUGUCCGAUGAAGAGAAGCUGAAGCUUAGAGCUGAAAGGUUUGGCAUCCAGAAGGCCGGUGGUGCAAACACUGGUAAAGCUGAUGGUGCGAAGGGUGCUAAUGGAGUAGCGAAGAGUGCCCCCUCUGAGGAGGACAUUGCCAAGAAGAAAGCGAGAGCUGAACGGUUUGGCAUACCAGUGGCUGCAGAGAACGGAGCUUCGAAGGGUACGGCGGAUCCAGAUGCUGAUGAGAAGAAGAAGAAGAGAGCAGAGAGGUUUGCAUCAGAGGACGAACAGAAAAAGAAGGCCAGGGCGGAGCGCUUCGCCACCGCGAGUUGA